UGUCCGAACCGAACAGGAGGCAGCAAUAACAUUAGCAAUUAACCCAAAAACAUAAGAGAAAGAGAAGAGAAGUGUAACCUUUCCAUACCUUACAUCAUAAUUUGCUGCCAAGCUUAGAUAUCAUCGACCCAUUCAUUUCAUUUCUUAGUUCAAAGUCACAUUUACAUUCACACAUACCUAACUCCAUCUCUCACCAAUCACCAUGGCUGCUGCUGUUCCUACUUCUUUUAUUUUAACCAAAUCUGCAUCAUCCAUAAACAAGGUGGACCACUCUCUGGUCAAGAUCAAACCAUACAACUUGUCUCUAAAUCUAAAUCGUCAAGGGAGAAUGCAAUCAUCAAUAGCCAGAAGGCCUCUAACAAUUCAAGCUACGUAUAGUGAUGGUGGAAGGCCUGGCAGUGCUAGUGUCUUUGUUGGUGGGUUUCUCUUGGGAGGAUUAAUAGUUGGCACUCUUGGUUGCGUGUAUGCACCUCAGAUCAGCAAGGCCCUAGCUGGAACUGACAGGAAGGAGUUAAUGAGAAAAUUGCCAAAGUUUAUAUACGAUGAAGAAAAGGCUUUAGAGAAAACCCGGAAAGUCCUGGCUCUAAAGAUUGAGCAACUGAAUGCUGCCAUAGAUGAUGUUUCUUCUCAGCUGAGGUCAGAGGAGGCCUCCAAUGGAGUAGCUGUGAACUCUGAUGAAAUUGAAGCUGCCACAUGAUAAUGUUGCUGUGAUUUUAUGUCAUGGUACGGGAUCGGCCAUUAUUCUGUUCACUAAAAAUGUUGUUGGUACAAAAUGUAUUUGAAUUUCUUGUAAUAUCUUUUCAUUUCUUCUUAACAAUAAACAAAGUGCUGUUUAUGUCCGCCGAUACUGUGGAUAAAUAGUCAUUCUGUUUUUAUGGUUGAUUUCUUGUAUUCUAUCAGCAACUUCUUUUUAUACAGAAAAUCUUCCAUGAUACUGGAAUUUCUAGUUAACCUUUUGUGAUUUGUAUCACUUAAUAAUCAAGGAUUGGUGAUUGCUCUAGAUAGUGAACAUUCACUUUGGAUUCUC